AUGGAGUUGAAGGAAACGAAGCUAGAAAUGGAUGUUUCAGUGGAUAAGGAGAUUGGGGUCUUACCCAAAGCUACAGAAGAGAAGAAUAUGCCGUGUACUAGUAACUUCGAGGACCAUAGUUUCUAUAACGUUGAAGAUCAUCUCACUGAGGAUCACUGUGUUGGUGUUACUGAUGCUUCUAGUAACAAAGAGGUCGUCGAGGACGAAGAAGAAGAAGAAGAAGAAGAAGAAGAAGAAGAAGAAGAAGAAGAAGAAGAAGAAGAAGAAGAAGAGGAGGUUGAUAUAUUGGAAUGUUCUGGUUUUAAUGUCAAAAACGAGCUUAAAGCCUCAGAAUGCGAUGAUGGGACUGAUGGAUAUUCAAGCUCGUUUGGUGGAACCGAUUCUGAGCAUGAGAAUGAAUCAGCUUUGAAUGAUCAAGAAGCUGAUUCUGUGAUUUGUACUGAUACCUCUCUUCCCUUCUGGGUUAGAAAGAAGAAGAUGACUGAGCACUGGAGGAGGUUUAUACAGCCUAUAAUGUGGAGGUGCAAAUGGCUUGAACUGAAAAUCAAAGAAAUACAGAACCAAGCACAAAUGUACGACAAAGAAGUCGAAGAAUCUUGCCAAGCCAAGAAAGCAGAGUUGGAAACUCUCAAAUCACAAGAACUUGGUGUAAAGGCAUUACCUCCUCUCUCUUGUUAUACUCAGAGAAACCAAGUCAGGGAGAGGAGAAAGAGAAAGCGAGUCGAACAGACCUCAGAUGUUGCAUCCUAUACGCUUAACCACAACCUCUUCUCUUAUCAGGAAUACCGGAAAACUUAUGCGGAUAUGGCUCUCAACGAUAACUCUCGCAACCUAGAUAAAAAGAAUAAGAGCUCUAAGGAAGAGACGAUCUUCAGUGAAGAGACACCGCCUCUGGAGUAUAGAGAAGGCGAUGCGUACUUGGAACAGAUACUUUUGAAGAUUGAAGCAGCAAAGUUGGAAGCGCGUAACUUGAAGAGCCGAGUAGACAAGGUGGUGAAUGAGAAUCCAAGCAAGUUCUCUUCGGUCCACACAUUGAAGAAUCUGGUUGGAUCUGCUGCGGAUGUAUUGACCGGCUCGGAACAGCAAAAGCCUCCAUUGGUUAUCAAGAACGAAGUUGAAGAACCGGUCGUCUCUGAAGAAAAGCAAGCUAAAUCUGCCUCGGUUUCAUCUCAUCACGAGAUACAGCCUGAAGACGACGAGACGAGAGAUGUUUUGUUGUCUGAGAUGAAAAACUCAGUGAAGCGAAGAGAAGGGAAAGCUAUUAUUUCCGAUGAGAAGCUACAGAAGACAGAACAAACUCCAGUUGCGGUUGAGGAAGGUCCAUCAAGAAGUGCAAGGAAGAGAACACCACGCAAUCUUGACAUCGUGGUGAAGGAAGAAGAGACAGCCACAAAGAGACGUAGAGUUGCAAGAGAGAAGCCAAAGUCAAAUGUGCCUAAUGCUUCUUCUAGGUUUAAGCUUCCCAACAGGAAGAGGAAGCGAGGAAAACGAAGGUCAGGCUCUGUUGGUUUACGGAGAAGAACCUGA